GAUGAUGUCCUAGCAUUAGCAAUUAGUGAUCAUAAUCUAUAUUCUGGAUCGGCUGAUGGUACUAUUAAGAAAUGGAGUAAAACCUUUGAAAUUUCAGAUACAUUUAAAGAUCAUACGGGAAUUAUACUUUCCUUAACGUUAUCACCUAUAGAGGCAUCGUCACGUAGACGUUGGUUGAUUAGUGGGGCUAAUGAUCAAUUAAUAAAGUUUUGGAGUUUACCCGUGUCAGUUAACAACCAAGAAUCAAUGGAUACUUCAACAACAG